AAAUUUAGACAUGUCAGGUGACUAACGUAACGUAACAACGUAACGUGUUUCUGCUUCAUGUUUGACAGUGUAUGCAGUCUGAGCUUCAGAAGUUGAUAAAUUUUAGAGUGCUAUAUGCUACUGAGUGAAUGGAAAUAAUUCAUACAUUAUCAGAAUGAGAUUAAAUGGACUGUACGAAUGUGUUGAACGAAAGAUUGGCGGCGCGUUUGCGCGUUACGGAAGAUUCGUUGCUGCGCAUGCGUGGAAAAUCAUCAUAGUUGCCAUCAUUGUCAAUGGAGCGCUUGGUGUCGGAAUGAUGAGACUGAAAUCAAACAUUGAAGCUGAAAAUGUAUAUUUACCUCAAGGAACCCAAGCCCGUCACGAUGUACAGAGAAUGAAGAGAAUGUAUCCCGACCUCAGCGGAUCGAACUUCAACUCCCUGCAGCUGUUGCAAGAUGGGGCAUGGGCCAAGGUUAUAAUAAAAUCUAACUAUGGUAACCUGAUGAACAGAACAGUGCUGGAAGAAAUACGUGAACUGAAUAAUGCUAUACAGAACAUUACAGCAAUUGGCAAGGAUGGAACGCGUAUCAAGUAUUCCGACAUAUGCGCUAAAGUAAACGACCGUUGUGAUGUUGAUGGAGAACUGUUUUGGGACCCGGAAUUUCUGGCCGCCGUCGACACAAACAAGAUUACAUAUCCCAGGUUUACAACACCGACUGGAACCACUAACUAUAAAUCCGAUAUAGGAGGUACGAUAGUGACAGACGACAAUGAGAAUUACCUGCUUAGUGCUGAAUUCAUCAAUCUUGACUACAUCAUCAGAACUGACAAUGAUAAAUACACUAAACUUGCUGAAAUUUGGGUGGAUGAUUUUAAGGCGUAUAUGGAGACCUUCCAGUCGGAUAAUUUUGAUAUUGCCUACUCACAUUUUAAUUCAAUGGACGAGGAAUUGGACAGGAACAUUAAGGGAGAUAUUACACUGUUUUCUAUCACAAUGACCUUAAUGAUAACAUACGCAUGCGUGGCGACCUUAUCAUCCAGAAUUACAGACCAAGUUGGUCAAAGAAUGUGGCUAGGUUUUGGGGGCGUUUUAACUGCUGGACUAGCUAUUGUGUCCAGUUUUGGUCUUUGUGCUGCUGUUGGUGUGCAUUUUGUUAGCAUUGUUGGUGUUAUACCUUUUCUGAUCAUGGGUAUUGGAAUCGACGAUAUGUUUAUUUUAUUGUCUGGAUUAUCUGGCGCUCAGAUCCACAAAACCGUUGAAGACAAAAUGGCGGCCACGAUGAGAGCUUCCGGUGUAGGGAUCACAAUAACCUCCCUUACUGACCUUAUUGCAUUUAUGGCGGGAGCAGCUUCGAAUUUCAUCGCUGUGAGAAACUUCUGUAUUUAUACAGGUGCAGCUGUCAUUUUCUGCUAUCUGAAUAACGUGACAUUCUUUGCGGCGUGUAUGGCAAUAAAUGAACGCCGGGUUCAAGACAACCGCCAUUAUGGAUCAUGUAGGAGAAUCAAAACUAAAGAGGAAUUAAAAGAGGAAGGACAAUCGGACAGAUACAUCAUGUGUUGUGGUGGAAGACCGCCAACCAACCGUGAUGAGGCCGAGAGUUUCGUCGACAAACUUCCUCGGUGGAUUAUACCGAAAAUUGUUCUGAAAACGCCAUUUAAGAUCGGAAUUAUUGUGCUAUUUAUGGCGUACCUCGCGGCUUCCAUAUACGGGUGUAUCAAUUUAAAGCAAGGACUUAUUUUUACACAGUUAGUGGCUGAAGAUUCAUAUUAUUUUAAGUUUGCCGACUGGAAAGAGCAAUACUUCACUCGUCAAACACCGGUUUCUUUUGUAGUAACGAAAACGUACAAAUACUCUGAUCCCGAUACGCAUGCGCUGAUAGAGGAUCUGAUUAUAAAUGCACAAUCAAAUAGUUACUUCGAUAACACAUUCGAGGUAAACUGGCUAAAAACGUAUAAAGCUACAUCGUAUUAUGAAGACAGCAGUGAAAAGGAAUUCAUUGCAGGAUUUUUACGUUUUAUACAGGAUACGAAAUAUGCCUUAUUCGAAAAUGACGUAAUUGUAGACAGGACCCAAUCAAAAAUCGUUACGUCACGCGUAUACGUCAUGUCCGAUGAUAUGGUUGACAGCCAAGCAGAGGGAAAUAUGAUGUUAAAAUCAAGAGAGAUUGCAAACGCUGCAGAAAUAGAAUGUUUUGCCUUUUCUCCGUACUUUGUACCUUAUGAGCAGUAUGUAGCUAUAUUGGGUCAAACACUAAAGACUGUCGGUAUAGCUCUUGCAGCUGUUUUUGUGGUCACGUGUAUCUUUAUGCCACAUCCGGUGCUGAUUGUCUUCGUGACUGUCGCUGUUGCAAUGAUUAUGACCGGUGUAUUUGGAUUCUUGAUUUAUCUUGACGUGGCUUUAAGUUCAAUUACAAUGAUCCACUUGAUAAUGAGUAUAGGAUUUUCUAUUGACUUUACAGCACAUAUAUGUCACGGUUAUAUGAUCUCAGACGGGAAAUCACGAGAUUUAAGAGUCAAACAAGCGAUUGACAAAACUGGAGCUCCAAUUUUUCACGGAGCAAUUUCAUCAAUCCUUGGAAUCAUUGUGUUGGUUGGUGCAAAAUCUUAUAUUUUUAGAACAUUCGCUGCGGUCAUGUCAUUUGUCUUACUGUUUGGUAUUGCGCAUGCGCUAUUACUACUUCCUGUUAUUUUAUCAUGGCUUGGACCUGGUCGAUUAAACGCCACUGAAGACAGUGAGAAUACUGAGAUUGGCACCAGUGAAAGUAAAGGUGCCGACCUUGUGAAAAUGACAAAUGGUAAAUAUUCAUUUGAUAAACAGGCUUGAAAUACAGAAUCAGAUUGAAAAUAAUUUCAAAAUAAAUUUUCAAUAUAUUUUAAGCGCGAUUUAUUACAUAUAUACAUGAUUUUUUUAUAAAUAAAUUUAUUGUUGAACAUUUUGUUUU